GAGACAUUUAUGAAAUAAUUUCAAAGUAAACUAGUCUUUAUUUACACAGAUAAUUUUGUAAUAAAUAUAAAUUAUUUUUAAUCCAUUCUAUUAUCAGUCUGCUAGAGUUGGUGAAUUCACCUAUACACAAAUAAAGUCUUCCUUCUUAUAUUAGUCAAAUAAUGAAUACAAUCACAUUUGUCACUUUAUUUGUGUGCCUAUUUUUGGCUGAAAUUAGCAGUGGACCCCAUCAUGUUUCAGCUGCACCAAAUCCACAGCCACACCCUAAACCAGCUGCCGCAGCCCAUAAACCAGCUGCUGCACCUGCAAAACCAGCUGCUGCACCUGCAAAACCAG